ACCAAACUGUAAUAUCUUUUCUGCAGAUAUUUUAACCAUGGAAACUUAUUCUGCCUCAGUAUCACCUGUUAUAUGUAACAGCACAGCUUUUAACCUGAAUGGAUCCCAUUUGUGUAACGAAAGCAUAUCCUCUAGAUUAGCUGAUAAAUCAGAACACCAACAAUAUGUUAUUGGCCUUUUCUUAUCAUGUCUUUACACAAUAUUCCUUUUUCCCAUCGGUUUUGUGGGAAACAUUCUGAUACUGGUUGUCAACAUUAGCUUUCGGGAAAAAAUGACAAUCCCAGACCUUUACUUCGUAAACCUGGCAGUGGCUGAUCUCAUUCUAGUGGCUGAUUCUCUCAUUGAGGUGUUUAAUCUUGACGAGAAGUAUUACGAUAUCACCAUCAUUUGUACCUUUAUGUCUUUGUUCCUUCAGAUCAACAUGUAUAGCAGCAUUUUCUUUCUGACAUGGAUGAGUUUUGACAGAUACCUAGCACUGGCCAAAGUAAUGAGGUCCAACCUAUUUCGCACUAUGCAGCACGCUAGACUGAGCUGUGGGCUCAUAUGGAUGGCAUCCAUUUCGGCAGCCCUAGUCCCAUUUACAGCCGUGCACUUACAGCACAGCGGAGAGGUCUAUUUCUGUUUUGCAGAUGUAAAAGAAAUCCAGUGGCUAGAGAUAACCCUGGGGUUUAUUAUCCCCUUUGUGAUCAUCGGUCUUUGUUACUCAUUAAUUGUCCGGGUCCUCAUAAAAGCACACAAGCACAGGAGUCUGCGGCUGCGGCGACAGAAGGCUCUGCGCAUGAUUUUUGUUGUUGUCCUGGUUUUCUUUAUCUGCUGGCUCCCUGAAAACGUCUUCAUUAGCGUCCAGCUUCUCCAGAGGAAAAGCGAGCCCGUCUCUUCAAACAGCCCAUCCUUCAGGCAUGAUUACCCUUUAACAGGACAUAUUGUAAACCUGGCAGCUUUUUCUAAUAGCUGCUUGAACCCCUUGAUUUACAGUUUUCUGGGGGAAACCUUCAGAGACAAACUGCGACUGUACAUUGAACAGAAAACAAAAAUGUCAACAUUGCAUCGCUUCUGUCAGGCUGCCUUAACGUCUGUCAUUCCUGACAGUAAUGAGCAAUCAGAAGUCUGAUCUAG